GUGCCGGCGGUGGACAUCGCAGUCGAAGCCUCCAGCGCCUCAAGUAGCCCCCCCCAGCGAUCUCAAAAAAACACUCUCCACAGCCUUCACCAUGGUGCACUGGACAGCAGCGGAACGUCAGGCCAUCGCCUCCGUCUGGGAGAAAAUCAGCCUGGAGUCAGUCGGCAGCCAGGCUCUCGCAAGGCUCCUGAUCGUGUACCCCUGGACCCAGCGGUACUUCAGCUCUUUCGGAAACCUGUCCAGCGCCGCCGCUAUCCUGGGCAACCCCAAGGUCAAGCAUCACGGCAAGACCGUGCUGACCGCGCUGGGCCAGGCCGUGAAGAACAUGGACAACAUCAAGGCCACCUUCUCCAAACUGAGCGAGCUGCACUCCGAGAAGCUGCACGUGGACCCCGGCAACUUCCGGAUGCUGGGAGAGACUCUGAUCAUUGUCCUGGCCGCGGAGCUCGGCGCUGAAUUCACCCCCGAGCUGCAGGCUGCGUGGCAGAAGCUGCUGUCCGUGGUCAGCUCCGCCCUGAGCCGCCAGUACUACUGACCCGCCCCUGGACUGACCGCCCCGGCUCUCCGGCUCGCCGAGCUGCUGCCCACUACUCACCGCCUCAGAGCAACGGCGUGCAUACGCGGUUAUUCGUAAAUACAGUCCCACACUGUCGUGUUUCAGCGAUGGAGAGAGGGCGUGUGUCAGAACUUGGAGUUUUCAACUAUUGUAAUAAUAAACAUUUACUGUUUCAACCGAA